AUGAGUUUUUUAUCAAAGCUAGCAAGCCUGAGAAAGUCGGCGCCCGCUGCACCAAUAAUUCCUAAUAAUAUCAACACUAAGAAAGAUGAGACGAAGGAACACUCUCUGUUGCCACAAAAUUAUAUAAGAGAAGCGGAUCCGGCUGUUCAAAGACUUAAGGAGUUGCGGCGCAAGGAGCUUUUGCAGAAAGGAGAGCUUACCACCAAGAAGAAACGAGAUUCCAGAACAUCUGGCACCAGGAGAUCAAAAAAUGACGACAAUGGCGCAACGGAAACGAGAUUCAAACGGAAGCCUAGUAAUAAUACAGCAUUAGAGGCUAACAGAAAUGUAGCCGUCGCUCGUAAAAAAACAGAGCCAGUUAAAAAAAUGAGUUUCCAAGAAUUAAUGAAGCAAGCAGAAAACAACGCCAAGGAACCGAAGGUUAAGAGUGAUGAGGUCAGCGGUCACAAGCUUCAUUUGAAGGGAUUACGGGAGAAAUCUCCUAUACUGAACCCCGCAAAAAGUGUCGAGUUGAAGAAAUCGAGCGCAAAUGAGCGAAAUAGAAAGCCAUCUUCACAACACCUAACGAGGCACCGUACCGUUUCACCAGAAAUUUCAUCUCUCGUAAAAAUUAAAGCUUCACAAGUGGGUCUAGCACAACCUAAUAAGAAGAUAAGGGAAAAGCUUGAAAGUAAAAGACAAGACAGGAUGCAUAAAAGACGAGAGCAAGAAUAUGAAAGCGAUAUGGAUGACUUCAUAGAAGAUGAUGAAGAAGAUGAUGGGAAACAAUCGAGCCACGAUGUGGGAUUUGAUAGGAAUGAAAUUUGGGCGAUGUUCAAUAGAGGAAAAAAACGCUCAGAUUACGCAUUUGAUGAUUAUGAAGAUGAUGAUAUGGAAGCAAACGAAAUGGAAAUUUUAGAAGAAGAAGAAAGAGCUAGAAAAAUGGCACGAUUAGAAGAUAAACGUGAAGAAGAAUGGCUCAAGAAUCAUGAUCGAGAGAAAAAAAGGCGAAAGGCAACGCGAUAG